CAAUCGACAUGCCUCAGUUUGAGCGCACGUUUGGUCAUCGACGACCAUCAACAACCCACUGUCCAUCAUCCCACCCACCCGCACCCACACCCACGAUCCAUCCAUCGCUCCCAACGGCCAUGAACCUGUUGACGGUGCCUGCAGCCAAGCUGCUGCUGGUGCCCGUGCUAGUGCUGCUUGUGUUAGCAACACCAACGAGUGUUGUUCACGCAUCCCACGACAUGUGCAUGAGCGAUGCACUUCGCAUGGUCACCACUGUCCCAUGGGAGGACAGUAGCUCUGAAGGCAAUGCCCGCUGGGAGUCUCACGACGUCUGGAGCGUCGGCCGCGCUCCUUGCUCCUGCGAAGAAGCCAUCAUCGAGCGUCCCAUCGACAUCAACGAUUCCAUUCAGGCGCGCAUGACGCAGCUGACGCUGAUGCCGGACCAAACGCUGACGCUGAACAGGGGCGGGGAGAUUGUCAUCACCAACCAGGCGCCCGACGAGCCCUGCCCCGUGAUUGAGCAGUUUGAUGUCUCCGACUUCACCGCCACCGUCUUCGAGGCCACGUGGCAGCCCAGCAACGACGGCGGGAAGCUGCGCGUGCACGUUGAUGGCGACGAUGAGGAGUAUGAUGUGGCGGGCACAACCUGGACCGGCACCAUUCCGCUCGACAACACCGCCAACACGACCUUCACCCUGGAAGUGGCCAGUGGCACGGGCGCGGACCGCGUCGUCGCCCGCAAAUCCGUCACCGUCCCACGUGCUGCCCCAGUCAUCUGGGCUGCCCCCACCUCUGGCGAGUGGUCCACGGGGGCCAACUGGAUUGGUGCCCGCCCGCCCUGUAGCGACCAGCACGCCCGCGCUGCCCUCAACGGCAACAACAACGACAACGACGACGACGAUGGUGGUGAUGGUGGUGACGAUAGCAGUGGCGCGUAUGACAUCACGGUGACACAAGACACGACAGUGCGAAGCUUCACGUGGGAGCCCAACUCCGCCCUGGUGCUCACCGCGGACGCCACGUUCACACUCGCGUACGACGCGGAAGUGGAUGACGGCGCAGAGUGCACGGACCCGGGCCUCGCCACCACAACCAUCGCGUCCACAACGACAACAACCACCACGGUGUUCACCACCACCACCACCACGACAACAACCCCCACGGUGUUCACCACCACCACCACCACCACCACGGUCCCCACCACUGGUACUGGCGGUACUGGUGGCGUGUCGACGAUCACGCCCGGCAGCACCACGUCCAACACGUUCCCAACGACAUCGAGCAAUGGCGGUGCAACGACGACGACGCCACGCGGUGGCCGUCGCCCUCCGCCCGUGACCACAUCCACGUCGACGAGCGACCCCGUCACCAUUGGCAAGCAGGAGAGCUCUGCCUCCAUUGCGCCCGUGGCCGGCGCUGCCGGUGGUGGUGUGGUGGUGAUCAUUGCCAUCAUCCUCAUCAUCGUCUUUGUGCGCCGCAAGCGCCGCCGCCUGGUUGUCGGCGACUAUGCACAGCUGGACAUGACGGCACUCGACAUGAAGGACGCUCCGUUCUCGUCGUACUUUGGACCUGUCAAGCUCGCCCAUCACGACGGUAACCAGCUGUGGUGCUUCACCCUCAGGCAGGGCGCGUCAACCCUCCUCAGGGAAUGCAUGGAAAAGAACAUUCGCCUCUUGCAGUCUCUCCAGCGCGAGUUGCUGCCUGCAAGCAUGCUCGGGUAG